AUGGGCUUCACUCAUCUUCAUUCGGAUCAUACGUGUUUCCUUAAGCAUACUGAAGGUGCUUUUCUCUGCAUUCUAGUGUACGUUGAUGAUAUAAUCAUCGCGAGCAACAAUGACUCUGCAGUGGAUGCCUUGAAGCUUCAACUUCAUUCUCACUUCAAGCUUCGUGAUCUCGGUCCUCUCAAAUAUUUUCUUGGCCUUGAGAUUGCUAGAAGUUCUGAAGGUAUCUCUGUUUCCCAGCGAAAAUAUGCUCUCGAUCUCUUGGAUGAAACUGGUCUACUUGGAUGCAAGCCUUCAUCAGUUCCUCUUGAUCCUCAUCUCAAACUUUCUAUUGAAACUGGUGGUGACUUAGUUGAUCCUAAAGCCUAUCGUCGUUUGAUUAGUAAGCUCAUGUAUCUUCAGAUUACUCGCCCUGACAUCACGUAUGUUGUAAAUAAGCUUAGCCAAUUCAGCUCUGCUCCUCGUCGUGAACAUCAUCAAGCUCUUCUCAAAGUUCUUCAUUAUAUCAAGGGUACUGUUGGCCAGGGCUUGUUCUAUUCUUCAUCGGCUGAGCUUCAGUUACAUGUCUUUGCAGAUUUUGAUUGGGGUUUGUGUCUUGACUCGAGGCGUUCUACAUCUGGGUACUGUAUCUUCUUAGGCUCUUCACUCAUUAAUUGGCGUUCCAAGAAGCAAGAUACAGUCUCCAAAUCAACGGCUGAAGCUGAAUAUAGGAGCAUGGCUGCUGAUGUUGAUGAGCUCUUCUGGCUCUCGAAUUUCCUCAAAGAGCUCCAUAUUCCAUUGACGAAACCUACUCUUAUGUUCUGCGAUAACAUGGCUGCGAUUCACAUUGCUCACAACAGUGUGUAUCAUGAACGUACCAAGUAG